AUGACCACGACCCCCAAGCCUGGCUCCUCGGGCGGAUCCGUGUCGCGGCUAGACCCUCCGCCUCCGCCUACUCCUCCAGUACCUCCUUUCCCCUCCUCCUCAUCACGACAGUCCGGUCCACCCGGACAAUCCGGACCGUCGUCUUCGGAGCGACAACCGUCACCUCCCAGGCGUCCCGCUCCUCAACCCGUGCAGUCGGGCAGCCAGGGCAGCCAGUCCGGCGGUGCGGGCCCCUCCUCCAGCUCCUCGGCACCAGCCUCCCGCCCCUCCCUUUCCAACCUCCUCAACACGUCCGCUGACCAAGACACCAGCCUGCGACCCAAGCGUUCGCGCAAGGACAGACCAUGCGACCACUGCCGGCGCUCGAAGCGGAGCUGCUUCAUCGCCGUCCGCGGACAGGCGUGCGCAAACUGCGCCCGUUCCGGUCGGGAAUGCAGCUUUGUCGCUCCGCCGCUUAUCCGGCAUCCAAAGGAGGGUGACCAGAGCCCCCUGAAUCCACCCGAUGCGCUCCAGUCUCCGCAUACCCGCUCUCCGCAUCAAUCGCAACAGUCGCAGCAGUCGCACCAGUCCGUGGGCCACCAGUCCGCAAGCAGCAGCCUGCAGUCGGGCAGCAGCUCGUCGCUGGGCCUGAACGGUCUCUCGCGGGACGGCCACUCGCGCGAGUCCUUGGGAAGAGAUAUACUCCGGGAUACGCCUGUGGGACCACCAGGUUCGCGCGAUCUGCACGAGCGCGAGCGUGAAGCGCGCGAGCUAGAAUUGCGGCAUCGCGACGCCGAACGAGGCAGGGAGAAGGACCGGGAACGUGACCGCGAAGUGCGCGAGCGCGAGCAUCGGGAACGAGAACGAGAGCAGAGAGAACGAAGGGACUACUUCCACCCCGGUCACGGAUCUCACGGCAGUCUCGGAGGCCACAGCGCACACGGAUACAUGCACUCGUCCCAUUCCCUGGGCAGUCCGAGAUCCUCGGCCGGGGACAGCAGACACGGCCCGAGCCCCAUGGUCAGCCCGCAGCUCAACUUUUACCCGCCCGCGUCGGCGAGAUCACACUCGCGAGAUGCUCAUGCGGCCCCCGGACCCGGACCUGGGCCUGGACCCGCAGGUCCGCCAAGAGACGGAAGAACAGGAGCGGACGGGUGGAUCGGAGACCGCAGCCUGUCGUUCACGGCUGCCCGGCCGCAAGUCCCUGGAGCGAGCGUGCUCUCGUUUCUGGACAGUUUGGACGAUGCCGCGAUCGGGGCGCCGAAGGACGGGGACGGAUACUCCUCGCUCGACAUGGACGUCACGGACGAGGAGGAGAGUCACUAUCUCGGCUCCGGCGCCGUCGCACAGCUCGCGAGCGUGACAUUAGGCUCGCUCGGGGGCCGUCUCCAAGGUCCCUCCGAAGAACAGACUCUCGAGUACAGACAGGUCGCUGAUCCGCGGUAUCCGGCGUACUUUCUCAAGAACCCGAGUAAAGUCUAUGGACACUCGAAUGCGGCGUACCUCGCUGAAAAGACCUAUGCCGAGGUCGCGAGGCAGAUCUCGCAUGGGGAUCCGAACAUGCCGGAGAAACUGAUUCAGCAUUUCCUUACCCGUACGCUACCGUACCUCCCGAUCGUGAACCGAGCUCGCUUCGAAGCGAGCCUGCACGGCUGGAAGGACGGGGGCACCUUUCCUGCGGCUCUGCUCGUCGGCAUCUUCGCGCACAGUGCCGUCUACGAGCCUUCCCUCGCCAAGCACUACAAGGAUCUCUGGAGCACCGUGCUCCACAUGGUCGACAACGAGUACCGGCAAGCGCGACUGCAGACGAUCCAGCUCGAGAUCCUCUGUUUCUCCGGCUGGCCCGUACACUGGGCGGGGGGCAACCAUAUCGGCAUCUGCCGCGCGAUUGGGGCUGCGCAACUGAUCGGGCUGCACCGGGACUGUUCGCGCUGGAAGCUGCCGCGGUGGGAGAGGAGCCUGCGCAAGCGGCUCUGGUGGGUGCUCUACCUGCACGACAAGUGGAAUGCGUACACGUACGGCCGGCCUGUGAACAUACCCAUGAGCGGCGCGAUCCCGCCCGUCACGUUCGAGGACGACGACUCGGCCACGCCCGAGGGCCGCGCCGAGUUUGCAGUCUUCAUAGCGUCGACGCGCCUCGCCGUCGUGCUCGAGAGCCUCAUGCCGCUCCUACUAGAGCGGCAGGGUGUGUGUCGUGCCCUCAGCGAUCGGACGGUGAUGCGGCACGCGGCCACGGAGCUCGAGAGCGUGUACCGCGACCUGCCCUCUGAUCUCAUCUUCGACCGCAACUCGCGCUACCCGCCUCGCCCGGGCGUGAGGGCGCUGCAGCUCUCCCACAUCGGGCUCGAGAUCCUCAUCUGCCGCCUCGGUCUGGACCAGGACGAGUUCACGACGCUCGGGUCCCUGAUCCAGUCCAGCAGGCAUGCGCUGCGUAUCGUCGAUUCGCUGAUUGCGUUCCUCGAAGUCCUGACCGAUGCCGACUACCAUGCGCCGUGGAACCCCUGGUCCCCGGCUCAAACGACCAACGCCGCCGCGCUUCUCCUGAGGCAGGCACUCAAGAUCCAUCAGUACGAGGCCAAGCCCGCCGACAGCCGCGAGCGCGAUCGGGACGAGCACGACCGUGUCCGUGCCAUCGCCGAGAUAGUCGACGCACUCGCCCGCCUCAUCGUGCUCGUGCAGGGCCACCAUUCACGAGGCUGGGAAGUCGCCGGGAGCUCUAUUGGCAAGAUUGCUGGACUGGUGCGGAGCAAUAUUGCAAGCUCCGUACCGGGGAUCCAGAGCGCGCAGGUGCUGCUUGACAAGACGCCGGGACUCGGCGCGGGCGAGUGGCCCAACGACCCCGCUUUGGGAGACCAGGAUAUCCUCGCCGUGUUCGAGUGGCUGCAUAGUGACAUGGGCGCGGUGUUCUGA